AUGUUUUCGGUCUCCUCUGCUGACUGUGAUUUGGUUGAAUUCUGCCUCAACGCACCACCAGAUCGACUCGUGGGUAGAAAGGACCUGGGGAAAAAGCUUGUCCGAAUCUCCGAGAAUCUAGUGAUUAAAUAUGGCCGGUUCGUCACGAAAGAAGAGGCACUCAACCAACAGAGAGCCUUUGAACUGGUUGACCCGAACGUUGUCUGCAUCCCUCAAGUCUACCGCUUCUUUUCUGACGAGAGAGGGCGCGGGUACAUCAUGAUGGAGUUUGUGGAAGGCAAGAUUAUAGAUCCUCUGGAUGAUCAAACGCUCAUUGAUAGGCUCGUGCGGAUCCUUGACCAUUUCAGUACGAUCACGAGCGAUGUCCCUGGGCCUCUUAGCCGUGGUCCCUGUGCUGGCCUCCUCUGGCCAGACGCCGAGGAGCCUCCCACGUUCGAGAGCAAGCAAGAAAUGGAAGUGUGGUUCAACAAUAGGUUAUUCCCCGGAGAAGGCAGCAUGUCAUUUGAGAAUUGUGAUCUCGUCCUAUGUCAUCUGGACAUCGCGCCUCGAAAUAUUAUCUGGAAACCCGACGGGGAAAUCUGUCUGGUGGACUGGGAAUCUGCUGGCUUCUACCCUCGAUUGUUUGAGUUUUGGCCACUGUGGAAUCUUGGAGAAAAGGAAGGGGUAUUUAACGGGAUGCUUUUAAACUCCAUGAGGCCUCUCGCUGAGUAUGAAUCGAAUCAGAAAUGGCCAAUCUGUCGGGUCUGGUAUAACACCCAGAAGUACUCGCCGUCUUCUUUGUGA